CUCGUCUUCUAAAACGGAAGUCAAAGAAAAUGAAGCUAUGUUACGAUUGAUACAGAGGAUUUUUAACCCUCCAAUUUAGACCAGUCAUGAGUUGGUCGGCAGAUACAAGACUGCGGCCACAGCAAAGACUGGACACAAAAUGGCUGAAGACAGACAUCCAGGCAGCGUUUCAGCGUGAUGGCCUGAGUCAGUUGUGGAAUGAACUUGUAAAGGAUGGGGAAAUAGCAGCCUGUAAUAAUGAUGGCCUGAUUAACAGUGCUGGAGUCCUGGCAAGGAAAGGAGAGACUGGGAAGUACUAUUGUGGUAUGUGGGGCCUGACCUGCAGAUGUUGUAAUGGACACUGUGGCCCGAACAAUGGAUGUAACUGUACACCCUGUCAACUGCUGGAUAAAGAGGAGGAAACUCGGCAACAGGAGGAGGCCCAUCGACCCAAACCCUCCUCUCCUCUGAUAGACUCCUGGACAUGGGGACAACAGCCAGAUUCCAGCCAGCUAUGGGAAUGUCUGACAUCCCAACUUUACGAACACCAAAAGCUUUGUACAGAGGCGGCAUGCAGCUCCAUGUCAGUGACGCGGCUACAGCAGCGACUGGCCGUCAUGGAGCGCUACUUUGUCGCUCUCAGUCGUCAGUCGCCAGCAGAGGGACGCACACCUACCAAGAAAAGUCAGGCAAACCAGACCAACCUCAGCAAACAGAAGAGUUCUGUGAAACCUGCCGAGAAAGCCACUAUGGGUCUAGCACGUGUUGGGUCGAGGGCUGCCCUCAGUUUUGCUUUUGCAUUCCUACGCCGUGCCUGGCGGUCGGGAGAGGAUGCAGAUUUAUGUAGCGAGCUAUUGCAGGAGUCACUGGAAGCAUUACAAUCCCUCCCAGAAGCCACGCUGUUUGAUGAAGGAUCUGUAUCGUCCGUGUGGCUGGAGGUCGUUGAGAGGGCAUCCAAGUUCCUACACUCGGUUGUGGCUGGUGAUCUGAGUGGAAGUGCUGGCUCCAAGACACCAAGUAAAAUCCCAGUUCAGGACCAACAAACUGCAUUAUCUCUCUUGUUGGAACUCUCCAUACAGAGAGGCUCAUUAAGUCACAUUCUCAGCUCAGUGCUCCUGCUACUGAACCUGUGGAAUAACAGUCGUCACGAAUUUGACAACCGCGUCAGUAGCAGCCUUCACAGUGCUCCGCUCAUUCCUUUCCUGAAACGCUUCCAGAAUAUCCAAAUGGUGAAAUCCCGCCAUUAUGAUGUCACUAAAUGGGAGGAGUCGGAGGUGUAUACUGUAAGUCCGACUGACUGUUUCCUACACUAUUUGUCCUAUCCUGACAACACAAACACGCCAGUGGACCUGAGACAGUCUGCCGUGGUCAUCAUGUCACAGUUGGACCGAUUCUGUAGCCCCUACCUACCACCUUCACAUUCGCAAAAAUCACAAAGAAAUAGCCUCACACAGGAGGUGUACAGUUGGGGCUGGCAGGCUUGGGCUACAGGGGCCAGCAAACAGGGACCACAUCUCCUGGAGUUCUUCAUGGACGUUGGAGGAAUAAUGCAGAUCACUUGUGCCGAGAGGUGUAUACUGGUGUUGGCGAAAAACGGAAAACUUUAUACCAUGUAUUACAGCACAGAGUCACCGGGACUCCAACUGGUGACUGGUUUUGGCGACCGAGAAGUUGUUAAGAUUUCAUCUCAUCCUGAUGGGAAACAUUUCCUAGCUCUUUCAAGUGAUGGUGAAGUGUUCUCCUGGGGAAAUGGUGAUGGCGGUCGGCUGGGACAUGGAGACAACAUAUCUCGCGAGGAGCCAACUUUAAUCUCGGCCCUGUCAGGUAAACAGAUUGUACAGAUAUCAUGUGGCAGUACGUACAGUGCCGCUCGGACUGUGAACGGGGAGCUGUACACGUGGGGGCGGGGAAACUAUGGUCGACUGGGGCACGGCAGUACAGAUGAUCAGUGUCUCCCAGGACUCAUCAAGACACUCAAGGGCCACCGCAUCCUAGACAUGGCCUGUGGCAGUGGGGACGCCCAGACUAUCGCUGUCAGUGACACAGGUGCUGUGUACUCCUGGGGUGACGGAGACUACGGAAAACUUGGACGUGGAGGCAACGAUGGAUGUAAAACACCCAAGGUCAUAGAGAGGCUCAUCGGUCAGGAUGUAUAUCGCGUGUUCUGUGGAGCACAGUUCAGCCUCGCUCUAACUCGCUCUGGUGGAGUCUUCGCAUGGGGGAAGGGAGAUAACCACCGACUUGGCCAUGGCUCUGAGGAUCACGUACGACAUCCUAAACAGAUAGAAGCACUGGCCGGUAAGAAGGUGAUAGAUAUCGCCAUUGGCUCGAUGCACAGUGUAGCAUUAACUGAAGAUGGUGAAGUUUACGGAUGGGGACGUAAUGAACACGGACAGAUCGGAGAUCCGUCCAACAACACCAUCCCAGAACCCACCCUUCUUACGGGAAUAGAUGGCAGAAACAUCAUCGGGGCCUCCUGUGGCCCCUCACAGACAUUUGCUUGGUCAUCUGGGGGGCAGUGGACAGUAGGGAACCGUGUGCCGUUCAUUGUGGACGUCUGUAAAGGGACAUUUGACCAGUUGGAGGAACUGCUGUCUGAAGUGUGUGAGGAAAUGGACGGUCGGUUAGACUGGCCUCCCCCUCAGGACAAGGAGUGUAUUGCAGUCGCUUCACUCAACCUUCUCAAUCUCCAGCUCCAUGCUGCAAUAUCACAAUCGGAGAAUAUGGAGACACUGGGCUUAGGAUCUGGAAGCCCGUUGGUGACAAGUCUGAAACAGAGAGUGGUCUCCCUUGCCAGUAAUGUCGGCGUUAUCAGUACUGUACAGAUGGCGGCCCAGAAUGCUCUACAGAGUGGCUGGUCUAUCCUUUUACCGACAGCCGAGGAGAGAGCUCGGGCACUUUCGUCCUUGCUUUCUAAUGGUGCUGCUGGACACGAUGUGGCAGUGAUGAGUCCGGGACAGAGAUUUAUGACAGAUCUACUGGUCAGUUCUCUGAUGGCCGACGGUGGACUCCAGUCGGCUCUUGAUGCGGCAGUUAAAAAGGAAAUGCUGGAAAUCGAGGAGAAAAAGGAAAAGGACAGGGAAAAUGGAGAUGUUGAUUCUGAGAAAUCAGAAGAAACCAAAUCAGAAGACUUGCAGACAGAAAGAGAUACAGAUGAAUAUGGAGCCACCAUCCCGCUGUUACAGCUAAUACAACAGUUGCUAAGAAACUCCUCCACCCACUCAUUAUCCCAGCUUCACAACUUGAACCGUGACAGUGGGCUCAAGAUCGAUGACACAGACUCAAAAGAGGCGUCGCCCUCACUCGACCUACUACUUCAAGUUCAACGACUCCUUGUGGCCCGGAUAUUCCCCCGCGAUAUGGACAAGCAGUCAUUCUCCAUGGAUAUUGAACUAGAGGCCCAGGGUACCGGACAGCUCCUGAGGAAAUAUGUGUCUCUGCUGUGCAGUCACGUGUCGGACGUGUUACAGGUCGCUGUGAGUCUAUCCCACACAAGUCCCAAACAUUUCUCCAUCGUCUCCAAGGUCAUACGCAAGGAUGUCACAGGUAUUUUACUGCCAGAAAUGGUUACCUGUAUGAUCCUGCUACACCUGAAGAACCCAUUAGUGAUCUACCAGUCACGAUGUGUAACAGUCCUAGAGGGCCUGUUAGAUCUGCUCAACCAGUACAAUAAGCUGGCACCGGGUCUGGACCGAGACGACAAGGAAGACCUGGCCUGGCCAGGAGUCUGGAGUUACACGCUGGAGAGAUACUUACAGAAGCCGACAGAAGAUGUACAGUUGAUCCGUAAACCUGAUCUGGAAAACCACAACAAAGACGGAGGCCUGUGGAUUGUCAUUCACGGCAAGGUGUACGACGUCCACGACUUCAAGUCACAGGCACCUUGUGGCAGUGAAGUACUGAGAGAAUACGCAGCCCGAGAUGCGACUUCAGCAUUUGAGGCAGUUCACCACCCAGAGGAUGCUCGGGAGAUGAUGCAGAAUUUCUAUGUUGGACAAUAUGUUGAUCCGGAGAAGGAUAUAGUCCAGACGUCCGAUACAAGUUCGGCUUCCUCUCCCUUGAUGGACAUUGAGCGGGCACUGGGCAUGCUCCUAGGUCUACAUGCGGCUUAUAUGGCCUGUAGUACACCACUGUCCCAGGAAGAGCUGGAGUACAACCAUUGGCUUCAGUCUCCGUUCUUCACAGGGGGACUUCAGGUCCUUCAGCCGAAGAACCGAUUCGAGGAAGAAAAGGGCGAGAGUCGAACUCCUUCCUGUAACACAACGCCAGGUGAAUCUACUUCUAAAAGUACACCGCCGACAUCUGAGCCUCAACACUUCCCUGUCCAGGACAAGGAGAAACUGUUUGACCGACAGGCCUCCCAAGCGGACGUUUCCCGGCCGUUUCUCCAAUCUGUCGCUGAGGGUCGGACACAGGAUCACUUCACGAAAUCCUUCCUGGGUAUCAUGGAGAAAUAUUUCAAACAGCACAUGUUGCACAUAGACUUUCAUCAAGAUCACCCAGUAGAGGAAGUUGGCAGAUUGCUGAUAGCCCUGUUGCUGCGUCACCAUGACCUCGGACAUGUGGCCCUUUCUCUUGUUGAGCACGGCCAGAUGGAACAGAGCAAGCAUCCUCUUCCAAAGUCCAUUGUUGAGCUGUUUAAAGUGGUAGCUCAAGCAAAGCGUCACCUCAUCAAGGUCCAUCAAGAUCAAGCACGGUCCUACAAGGAAGUCUGCGCACCAGUCCUAGAACGAUGUCACUUCUUGUUUAAUGAACUUCGUCCUGCGGUUGGGAACGAGGUGAAUGCUAUCACUCGGUCUCAGCUGUUGAAGAGUGUGCCACGCUGGAAGGAGGUCGUCAAUAAAGUGAUGACUGAGAAAAAGAAGUCCAAAGGUCUCUCUGAGGUCGUAGAGGAAACCGAGUCAGAUACGAAGGAGGCCAGUAUCAUGAUGAUGUCGCUGUCACAAACAGAGGGCGCCACUGGGGGUCCUGGAGGGGAGAACCCGACACCUACACAAACUAAUGACCCAUCCAGACCAGAGGCGAAUGUUGAUGGAGAGGAAGUGAAGGUUUUCGCUAAGGGGACAGCCCCUCCUGUUGUUACUGAAAUGUCGCCGACAGCUGUGACAGACAAAAAGGUUGAUUCGUGGAGUCAUAUCGUUGGAGCUGUGACCAGCUCCCAGAAGUUUAGCUGGCUAAGACAACGCCUGACUGGCAGUAAAAUGGAGAUGCCACUCGUCAACAACAUCAUCGAGUUUGUCCUGUAUGAACAUCCGAUCGAUAUUGAAAAGCUUCGCCGUUCUCUCCAUUACCAAGUGGAGCGUGCCCAGUUGCGACUGAAGGGUAUACAGAGCAUGCUGGGAUUGGUGCACAAAGAUCACCUGAUCCCGUCAGUCAAGUACGCUGUGCUUUGUGGCUGGCAAGGGCUUCUCACUGUUGGCAAAAUGGCCUGUGAACCAGUCCCCCACUGCCUCUCCAAUGUGAAGUUGAUCCCACCAUGUGACCGGAUCCUACUGGAGUUGGCAUUCUCACACCUGUACAGGUGGGCCAUUAAUGAGCUCCGUAAUGGCAUCAUACAGUCGGACAUGAUGUUUAAGGCUAGGGGUAUCAAUCCAGCCUCUCCAGGCAUGGACUCAGGAAAGGAGAGAUUAAGUCUUGGUGCCCUGCCUCACUCACGCUUCCUUUUAGCCACGAUGGGGAUCCUUGUGUCGGAACACCAUUCAAACAGUCUCAGUCUCCUCAUGAACUCGGGUGUCCUGGGACUUACACAAACUCUGCUGCGCCUGGCAGGCCCUGAUCCAGAGCGGAUGAUACAGGAUAACUCGAGCUCUAUAUGUGCCGUCUUAGAGGAGCAGAAGCACAAGAAACAGUCACAACCUGUUCCAAUCUCAGGGCCAGAGUUAGCAGCCAUGAUGAAGAUUGGGAUGAGAGUUGUCCGUGGAGUGGACUGGAAAUGGGGAGACCAGGACGGACCACCUCCUAGUAUGGGCCGUGUAAUUGGUGAGCUGGGAGAGGACGGAUGGAUUCGUGUUCAGUGGGACACGGGGAGUACCAACAGUUACAGGAUGGGUAAGGAAGGAAAAUAUGACCUGAAACUGGCCGAACCGCCAGAGAUGCCCGAUAAUGACGAAGACGAGGAUGAAGACCUGGACAUUGACUCAAAUAAACCAGAAAGUAGACACCCCACUGCCCUGUUACGAAGGUCCACUCUACAUCUACUUCGCUCAUUGGCAAUUUGCUGUGCUCUACACUCGGAAAGUACCCAGAAGGAGGCUGUCACAUCACUGUGUGGACUGAUGAGGAACAUCGUCGAUAGCGGCUGUAACUAUGGACUCAACUCCAACUCGGUAUCGGCCCAGGUAGCAUGUGAACAACACCACAGCUGGUGCACCCUAGGGUUCAUGCGCUCUAUCGCCACAGGGACAUCAAUAUGUCACGCCUUCAGCACCCAGCGCUGGGUAGACCUACUGCUGAGGAUGCUCGAGGAGGAUAACACUUUACAGCUUGCCAAGAGUGUCACUAGACAAAUUCUUACUCUGAAGUUUUUGAGAGCAGUUUUGCCAUCUUGGGACUUAUCAGUGAAAGAAACCAGAGUGAAGGUCAUUGUACAGCAGUUGUUCGAGAUGCUGGGACGUAUUCUGAUGUCCUGUGUGGCCGACCCGACACUGCUGCCUCAGAUGGAUACCCCCAGGAAGGGACAUAAACAGCGGGCUCCCGUGUCACUGACUGCAUCAUACACCAGCACCAUCGCAGAGGAGCUUGUCGCACUACUUCGGAAGCUGCACACGUGUGAAUGCUGGAACUCUCACAUCAACAACUACAUUGUCUCUCGUCUCUCGAGUAUUUCCACGCUAAUGGCGGACAAAGUUCAGCCUUCCAACGAUGAUGUAUUAUUACAGGAUCCAAUCAUUGGGAUGUCACCCGACCCCCAGCGAGGUGUCAUGGCCGCUCUCACUCUCAUUGGCGGAAUCGACAACAGGCCACAUUUGGGAGGGCGUGUCUGUCACGAGCUCUUUCAUCAGGGCACCAUUGCUCGAAUAACACCGAAGGGAAAAAUACAUGUUCAGUUUGACGAUGGUUUUCUCCGCGCCUGCAGACUUACAGAACUGUCCGCUUGUCCAAGUCUGGAGUUUUCUGUAGACAAGCUGCCGAUGAAUGACCGUGUUUGUAGCAUGUGGUCAGGUUUAAUUACUUUGGCCAGUUCUGUGGCCAAACCAGACAAGGAUCUGAUUAAGGACCGUGCCCCACUGGCGGCCAGUAUGGCAAGUGUGGAGUCCGAGCUACUCUCGUCAGUGUCAUUUGACCUGGGUGACCUACGACGCCAGCAAUUGCGUCUCUGUCUUAUCAAGGCUUGUCGUGUGCUGUUCAGUCGCCAGGAAAAACUUCGACUUAUUAUGAGCCAGAGUGUGAACCAAGAGGCAGUCCAUACACCUGAUCCAGAACUUUCUGGCAGUGAUGAUGAGCUCGGCGAUGGGCCAGAGACGCCCUCUACAAUAUUCCAGCAGCUGAUGCUAAGUGCCACACAACCCUCACCACUUAAGGCUGUGUUCACACGGGAGGAGCUUGAGGCUGCCUCCCUGGCAGUUUGCCAGUACCUGACUGCUGCUAGUUUAUUGGACCUAGACGAGACCGACUCCUCCGACUCGGAGAGUGAACAUGAAGCUUCAGUGCCAUACAAGACGCAGACAUCUGCCAACACAAACAGCAGCCGUACCACAAAGACCAAGAAAUCUAAAGCCUCUUCCCAGCAGCCUCCUCCAACUGCAGUUGUUACACAAAUAAUGGAGAUGGGCUUCCAGAGGAAACAUGUGGAGAUUGCUAUUAAAUCUAUGGCGGGAGGACCACUACAAGCCGAGGGAGACAACCCCAGCCCUGAGGCACUGGUUAACUGGCUGAUAGAACAUCCGGAGGUCAGCACGCAGGAUGAAUCGGACACGGAAAGUCUCUCCUCGGUAGACUCCUACUCGGAAUCCGACUCCACCUCGGAGGACUUUGACGAUCUGGACAUAGCCUAUGAUGCCAAUUCUAGUCUUGGGAUUUCCAGCGAGCUUGGAGCCACUGGUACAGUACAAACCUACAAGAGGCGAGCUGAUUUCCUCAGCAACGAUGAGUACGCCAUGUACAUACAGGAUAACAUACAGACCGGCAUGACAGUCAGAUGUUGUCGUACGUACGAGGAGGUACAGGAAGGAGAUACCGGAAAAGUGGUAAAGUUGGACAGAGAUGGACUCCAUGACCUGAACAUCCAGGCUGAUUGGCAGAGGAAGGAGGGAACUUACUGGGUUAGAUACAUUCAUGUGGAACUGCUCGGACAUCUAGGUCUGAGUGCAGGUUCAUCACAACCCAUCAAAGUUAACGACAAAGUACGAGUCAAGCCAAGCGUGACGAUGCCGACGUACAAGUGGGGAUCUGUGACACACCACAGUAUUGGUACAGUAACGGCUAUCAAUCCUAAUGGAAGAGACCUGACAGUGGAUUUCCCCCAGCAGGCUCACUGGACUGGUAUCAUCGACGAGAUGGAGAUGGUCCCGAGUACCCACCCCGGGGUCAGCUGUGAUGAGUGCCAGGUCUUCCCUAUUGUGGGCCCCAGGUUUAAAUGUAAACUGUGUGAAGAUUUCGACUUUUGUGAGAAUUGCUUUCGUUCCAAGAAGCAUCGACAUCCAUUCAAUAGAAUUUCGGAACCAGGCAGUGAACCAGUUUUGGUUGGUAAGCCAGGGAAACACAAGAAAAAGUUGUCUUUCCCGUUGUCUGGAUCGAUGAUCGAUGAUUGGCACAGUUGUGUGAAGAGCCUGAUGGUGUCCUCCCGGGAAAACCAGGCCCACCGUCUCAUUGAAGGAAACAGUGGAUACUGGCAGAGCUCCGGAUCGCAGGGAAAGCACUGGAUCCGCCUGGAGCUACAGCCAGACAUCCUAAUCCACCGCCUGUACAUGAAGGUAGACCCUGCUGACUCCAGUUACAUGCCAUCCGUAGUGGUCCUUAGUGCUGGCGACUCAAUCAACACCAUCAAAGAAAACAUCAAGACCGUGACCGUUGGUCCCACAGAUACACUUGUUACCUUGCUGGAGAAUAUGAAUGAUUAUUUCCGGUUUGUGGAAGUUUCGGUGAAGCAGUGUCGAAGUAGUGGAAUAGACUGUAAGGUACAUGGUCUGUCUGUGAUUGGCCGUCUUCGAGCGGACGAAGAUGACAUGGCCGCUAGCUAUACAUUCCUUGCCUCGGAUCGUGAGGACGAAGAUGAGGACAAGACUGUGACUACUCCCAUCAACAAACGCAGGUCAAAGGUCACCAGUAGUAAGGAAAUACAGACUCACGUCUUCUGCUGGGGGCUCAAUGAUAAGGACCAGCUCGGAGGGCCAAAGGGAUCAAAGAUCAAACUGCCCUGUCUCAACGAGACAUUGUCUGCUCUACGGUGUGUACAAAUUGCCGGAGGAUCCAAAAGUCUGUUCUGUGUAACGCAGGAAGGAAAGAUGUUUGCCUGCGGUGAGGCCACCAAUGGCCGCCUGGGUCUAGGAAUCAGCUCAGGGACAAUCUCUGUUCCCCGUCAGCUUACCUCCCUUAGCCAGUAUGUCAUCAAAAAGGUGGCUGUUCACUCAGGAGGCCGACAUUCUCUGGCUUUGACCACAGACGGGAAAGUGUUCUCCUGGGGUGAAGGGGAUGAUGGUAAAUUGGGCCACUUCAGUCGCUGGAAUUGUGAUAAACCUCGUCUGAUAGAGGCGCUGAAGUCUAAACGAGUACGUGACAUAGCGUGUGGGAGUUCUCACAGUGCGGCCAUAACAUCCAAUGGAGACCUGUAUACCUGGGGACUGGGGGAGUAUGGACGCCUCGGACACGGAGACAAUACCACACAACUCAAACCUAAACAGGUGAAGGUACUUGCCAGUCAGCGUGUCAUGCAGGUGGCUUGUGGGAGUCGAGAUGCACAGACGCUGGCGUUGACAGACGAAGGUUUAGUGUAUUCCUGGGGAGACGGAGACUUCGGGAAGCUCGGCCGUGGAGGCAGUGAAGGCUGUAACGUUCCCCAUGAAAUUGACAGACUGCGCGGUCUGGGUGUUUGUCAGAUCGAGUGUGGAGCUCAGUUCUCCCUGGCUCUUACCAAGACGGGACAGGUCUGGACUUGGGGGAAGGGAGACUACUUUCGUCUCGGACACGGCAGUGAUGCCCACGUAAGGAAACCACAGCUUGUGGAGGGCCUCAAGGGCAAGAAGAUUGUCCAUGUGGCAGUCGGAGCCCUGCACUGUUUGGCUGUAACAGACUCUGGACAGGUGUACGCCUGGGGAGACAAUGACCACGGACAACAAGGUAACAGUACGACCACCGUCAACCGAAAGCCAGCUCUCGUUCACGGACUCGAGGGCUACAAGAUCACGCGUGUCGCCUGCGGCUCCUCUCACAGUAUCUCCUGGGCAACAACGGAUCUGUCUACACCAACAUCUCACGAACCUGUUCUCUUCUCCUCGUCCAGGGAUCCUCUAGGGGCCUCACUACUAGGUAUGAAUGAGAGUGUGUCCGACGAUGCCCAUUCUUCAGCACCCUCACCAUCCACACAGACUACAAAAGUGGUUCGCCCUUCACUGGCCAAAAUCAUCCUGUCACAGGAGACAGAUCUCGCCAAACAGCAGGCCCUGGGCCAUGUACUUACAGCACUUCAGAUCACAUAUGCAAGGGACACAAUUGUGAACUGUCUGGCGAAGGAACAACUAGCCACGCCCCUGUCGACUGACCUGAAAAUUUCCACAAUGUCCACUUCCAUGACGGUGUCCACCCACCAGUCUGCGGAUCUGACCAAUGGACAGCCAACUGAGAACUCGGAAGCUGUUGACCACACCGACAUAGCUCUGUCUAUAGUUGAAUCAACUCACUCCGACAUCAACACAGAAAUCCCAUCCUUCCCCAGCAUGCACAGUCUGGCUGCCAAGAUCUCACCAGCAACUAGCAUUAUGGCCGAAACAUUCACCUCAACAGACCAAGUCACGUCUACUAUAGAGAAAGCUCCCACGUCUUUCCCGAUCGGGUUGGACGAGUUUACGAAUCGUCUGACAGCCGAUGAUUGCAGAGUACUUGUUGACCUACUUAAAUUAUCUGUAGGGUCAAGAGUGGGAAUAAAAGGCCGAGAGACGUUGUCGGAGAUUUUGACAUGUUUAGGAAGGGCGUAUCCUGCCGUUUCAGAGAUGUUACUGGAGCUGUGCGUUACUGAGCUAGAGGACGUGGCAUCAGACCGGGAGACUGGCCGCACCAUGGCACAACCCGUCGUCCAGGAAAGUCCUCAUCCCUACAUCGAUGAUACCUCACUGACUGGCCAUGUCAAGAUACCAGGUGCUGAAGCUCUACGUGUGGAGUUUGAUCGGCGCUGUUCUACAGAACGUCGACAUGACCCUCUGACCGUGAUGGAUGGGUCAAGUCGUACAGUUACAGUUCGAUCAGGUCGGGAAUGGUCUGAUUGGUCCCAGGAACUGAGGAUCAUGGGAGAUGAAUUGCGAUGGAAGUUCACUAGUGACGGUUCUGUGAACGGCUGGGGCUGGUGCUUCACUGUCUAUCCCAUCAUGCCUGCUGCUGCACCAAUGGAUAUGUUAUCGGACCGCACGAUCCUGUCACGACCUUCCAUUGACCUUGUCACCUGUCUGCUAGACUUUAACUUACAGAUGAGCCUGGACAAGGGUAUCGUGGCCAGAUUAGCAGCCGCUCUGGCUGCAUGUGCUCAACUCAGCACGUUAGGUGCCAGUCAGAGAAUGUGGGCUCUCCAGAAACUACGCAAACUCAUGGCUGCCAGUUUUGGGGACCAGUCAAUUAACGUCAAUGCCCUACUAGCCAGUCCAAGUUUGGAGAGUCCAGACCAGGAAAUUCCACGUCCAUUUACCAUGUCUUUGAGUGGAUCUUCGCUAGCGUCGCUGGUGAAGGGACUCCCUGAGGCUCUACAGCGCCAGUAUGAGUAUGAGGACCCAAUAGUCCGCAGUGGUAAACACCUGAUGCACAGCCCCUUCUUUAAGGUGCUGGUGGCCUUGGCCUGUGACCUUGGACUGGACAGUCUACAGUGUUGUACUGAGGCUCACAAAUGGGUGUGGUUCCGUCGCUACUGUACGGCGGCCCGAGUUGCUGCGACAAUGGUGCAGAGGACAGCUUUCCCACCAGUGUUUCUAGAGGAGGUUCGUAAAAAGAUCAAAGACAUCUCAGGCGACGGUGAAGAACUCACAAAAUCACACGAAGAUCAUACAGUCUUUACACGGGAAAUGGAUGAACAGCUGCUUCUGUGGCUGAACAGGAAACCAGAGGACUGGACAUUGUCCUGGGGAGGAAGUGGCCAGAUUUUAGGCUGGGGUCACAACCAUAGAGGUCAGCUAGGUGGAGUUGAGGGGGCAAAGGUCAAGUUACCAAUCAGCUGUGAGUCUCUGGCAAACCUCCGACCUGUACAGCUAAUUGGUGGCGAGCAGACAUUGUUUGCCAUUACAGCCGAGGGCAAGGUGUAUGCCACAGGUUACGGAGCAGGUGGCCGUUUGGGGAUUGGCGGCACUGAUUCCGUGUCUAAUCCUACACUACUGGAAUCAAUACAACACGUGUUUAUCAAGAAACUGGCCGUCAACUCCGGGGGCAAACACUGUCUAGCUCUGUCAGCCGAGGGAGAGGUGUACUCCUGGGGCGAAGGAGAGGACGGAAAACUGGGGCACGGAAACAGAAGCCCGUGUGACCGGCCGCGAGUGAUCGAGUCUCUGCGUGGUAAGGAAGUUGUUGAUAUUGCAGCAGGUGGGGCCCACAGUGCCUGUAUAACAGCCAGUGGCGAGCUGUACUCCUGGGGCAAGGGACGCUAUGGACGUCUGGGCCAUGGGGACAGUGAGGACCAACCCCGCCCAAAACUGGUGGAGGCAAUGAAGACACACCGGGUGAUAGACAUGGCCUGUGGAAGUGGCGACGCCCAAACAUUGUGCAUCACUGACGACGACAAUGUCUGGUCGUGGGGCGACGGUGACUAUGGCAAACUGGGACGUGGUGGAAGUGAUGGCUGUAAGGUUCCCAUGAAGAUCGACUCCCUGCAGGGCCUGGGUGUGAUGAAGGUUGAGUGUGGCUCACAGUUUUCUGUGGCUCUCACUAAAUCUGGGGCCGUGUAUACCUGGGGCAAGGGGGACUAUCAUCGCCUGGGACAUGGAACAGAUGAUCACGUACGCCGGCCUCGCCGCGUGUCGGCACUCCAGGGCAAGAAAGUGAUCGAUGUAGCUUGUGGCUCCCUUCACUGUGUGGCAUGUACAGAUGCAGGUGAGGUGUAUACAUGGGGAGACAAUGAUGAAGGCCAGCUUGGUGAUGGUACAACUAACGCCAUACAGAGACCUCGACUGGUAGCAGCCUUACAGGGUAAGAAGAUAAAUCGUGUGGCUUGUGGCUCCGCCCACAGUCUAGCAUGGUCCACCAAUAAACCGGUCAGUGCAGGCAAACUCCCGUCUGUGGUACCGAUGGAGCACAACUACCUCCAGGGGGUGCCGAUAUCAGCCCUAAGAAAUCGUCUUGUUCUCCUCCAUCACUUCUCUGACCUGUUCUGUCCAUCCAUUCCGAUGUUUGACCUACAGGAUAGGAACAUGUCCGAGAAAACGGAUGACAAUGUCCGUGGAUUGGACAGUCUGAGAGGUGUAAUGGUAUCAUCAGCCAAGGAGACUGCCUUCAGGAAGGUGGUGCAGGCCACAAUGGUUCGGGACAAACAGCAUGGACCUGUCGUGGAACUUAACAGGAUACAGGUGAAGCGGUCAAGAAGUAAAGGUGGUCUGGCUGGACAGGACGGCAUGAAAGCAGUGUUUGGUCAGAUGAGCUGUAAGCUGGAUGUGUUUGGGCAAGACAGCCUGAUGCUGCCUCACCGUGUGUGGAAGGUGAAAUUUGUAGGUGAGAGUGUUGAUGACUGUGGCGGAGGUUACAGCGAGUCAAUAGCUGAGAUGUGUGAUGAGCUGCAGAAUGGUUCUCUCCCCUUACUCAUUAUGACUCCAAAUGGCCGAGACGAAUCCGGAGCUAACAGGGACUGUCACCUAUUGAACCCCAUGCUAAACACUGUGCAACAUAUGUCCAUGUUUAGGUUUCUGGGUGUUUUGUUCGGGAUAGCCAUCAGGAGCGGGAGCCCUCUCAGUCUAAAUAUAGCCGAGCCGGUCUGGAAACAGCUGGCGGGGAUGACCCUUACAAUUGCUGAUCUCACAGAAGUGGACAAGGACUUUGUACCAGGCCUAAUGUGUAUUAAGGAGAUGAACGACAAUUCUCUCCUUGCGGCUGAGAUGCCGUUUAGUGUACCGAGCUCUUCAGGCCAGGAGAUCAACCUCAGCUCAAAACACACACGAAUCACAGCAGAAAACAAAGCCGAGUUUAUCAGGCUAGCCAUCAACUACAGACUUCAUGAAUUUGACGAGUCGGUGAAGUGGAUAAGAGAGGGAAUGACUAAGGUGAUCCCAGCAGCCUUACUCUCCCUAUUUACUGGACUGGAGUUAGAGACCAUGGUGUGUGGUAGCCCCGACAUUCCUCUAAACCUGCUCAAGUCUGUAGCUACAUACAAAGGAAUAGAUGCCACAGCGCCACUUGUACUCUGGUUCUGGGAGGUCAUGGAAGAUUUCACCAACACAGAGCGUUCGUUGUUCCUCCGAUUCGUCUGGGGUCGCACACGUCUUCCCCGUACCAUUGCAGAUUUUCGAGGACGAGACUUUGUGCUACAGGUUUUGGACAAGUACAGCCCUCCGGAUCAUUUCCUCCCGGAGAGCUACACCUGUUUCUUCCUCCUCAAGAUGCCACGCUACUCCUGCAAAAUAGUUUUGCGUGAAAAACUCAAGUAUGCCAUCCACUUCUGUAAAUCAAUUGAUACGGAUGACUAUGCUCGUGUAGCACUCACUGGUGAACUUUUGGACGAGGACACUCCGGAGGUUAGCGAGGACAUGGAAGAUCUGGAAAGUAUGGACUCCGAAGGCGAGAUCGCCGAUUCCGACUGCAGUCUGUGAUAAAAAUAUUGUUAGUUAUAUAAUCAAACUUGUAGUUUAAGAAACGUUAUUGUCCUCUGGAAAAAAGAGACUUGCUUGUAUUUCGUGUGUCAAGACUGAAAAGGAAAGUAUUUAUGAGAUCUGGAAAUCUCACUAAAGAAUACUUUAAAGGAAAUACCAGUGACAUAUGCAAGACUUUUGAAAUGUAGGUCGAAACUUGAAAACUGCAUUGGGCUACAAUCCGAAACCUGAUGUAUUUUGCCACUAAAUAUACUGAAACAGUAUAUUUAACAUUUGUCCGAGUGAAUACGUAAUGUACAUGAAUUAUUCUGGAAUUGAGGGGUUAAAAUUUUAGUGGUUUGUGUAAUAUUAAUUAUUACUAUCCAAACUUUUUAAAAAGUGUGAUAUCAUUGAAGUGCUAUAAGUUCAGCAUUUUUUUCCCCAGACACCCCACAAAUGUUUCAUAGUAAUAUUGCUAGUUUGAAUUCAAUAUACAUAAUAUGUCGCAAACCAAAUUUUGACUUUAUUGAUUGUGGAGAAAAGUGCUCCUACAAUUGUAAAGACAAUUUCUGUACUUGAUACUAAUUACAAACAGUGUACAGACAUACAUGUAUAUAAAGAAAGAUUUGUAAUCUAUGACUUUCAAAAAAUAUCUUUCAACUAUAAUCACUCACACUUUUCUAGUCAAGAGGAGACAAUUCCAGACCAUAAUACUUGGGAUAUGAUGUUGGUUGUGCGAACUGUUACCGUAACUGAAUUGAGAACUUGUGAUGUCGUCAUAAGUCUAUAUGUAUCAUUCGAUUAUUUCCAUAGUAUAGCCAUGACCUCAUUCUAUGAAUGAAAAUAUAGCUGGCUUUCUUAAGUUUAUUUAUUUUGAUUUUUUUCACAUGUCAGGCUAUUUAUCAUUUUUUUCACAUAAACAUAUACAUGGAUACAAGUUUUUUGCUUAUUAGAAUUUUCAUCUCCAGAUCUUUGACUAUUCAAUCGAUUAGUUGUACAUUUAUUGCUCUGUAUCGUGAUUAUACCUCUUACCUUGUACACUUCAGCACAGGGACUUGGAAUGAACUCCCAUCCCAUGGUCCAAAAAUGUUUUAGAAACAUAUAAUACAAAUAUAUUGACUGUGGGAAUUUCGCAAAGUCCCUGUGCAUUUCAUCCAAUCCAUUCCAGUAUAAGCUUCAUUUAUCACUAUUAACAUGGAGCAUCUGAUCCUUUCGAACUCAAUCUCAGUAUCACGUACAUUUUAAAUAAUUAUUGAAAUGUCAUUUCAAAACACGCACACAUUUUCCAUUCAUAUGGAGCAAUUAACUUUCCAAUCCCAUGUCUUGUGUUAAAAUAAAUAUAUAAACAAGCUUUCAGAUUUUUCAUAAUCUGUUUUUUGCUGAUAUGACAACAUUUGUACACUUUCACAUUCUCAUGAACUGUCCAAACGCACACAUACAAGAUUUCUCCAGGUUUUUGCUAUAAGAUUGAGUUUAUUUCACAGAACCAGAGAACAUAAUAAUGCAAUUCGAAACUGCAUAAAGUUUAUCUAGAAAUUUCAGCUUUUUAUUAUCUGUUAAAUAUAAGAAAAUACAAAAAAAUAAUAGCAAAAUCUUAACCUACUCUGUAGUUAUCUUUGAAAGUGUAAAUGCAAUAAAAAAAAUUAUUCAAAUCUAAAAAUGUUUGAUGAUCCUGAUGCCGGAUUGUGUAUGAGUCGUCAUUGCUCUGUACGUGUAAUCAUGAGUGAAAUAUUCUCCAGGGAUUUUCUCAAAAAUUUGUACUAUAAAGAUUUUUUCAGUGGUUCAAAUUCUUUGUGGUUUUAUUGAAAGUUUGAAGUGAAGAAGAGGUAUAUUUUAACACAAAUUAUGAAAUUGACUGUUCAGCAAUUUUUUUUCUUAUUUUCAAGUUUUCUCUGAUACACAAUUUUAUCUUGUACGCAAAAAUUACAAAAGCAUAUACGUAAACAUCUUGAGCAUAGCAACUUUUAAGGUAUUUGUAGCAAUUAUUUAAGUAUGUCCAUAUUUGGAGAUGCAUUAUUAGCAGUACUGGUUUGAGGUCUAGUAAGACCAUGUUUGGAAAUACCUGUGGUUAUAUUGCCCAUAUUUGGAAAUAUAUGUAGUAAUAUUGCCCAUAUUUGGAAAUAUAUCUAGUAAUAUUGCCCAUAUUUGGAAAUAUAUCUAGUAAUAUUGCCCAUAUUUGGAAAUACCUGUGGUAAUAUUGCCCAUAUUUGGAAAUAUAUGUAGUAAUCAGAGAUGAAAAUGUUCAGCCGAUUGGCUGAUUUCAGCCUUUUUGAGAAUAUCAGUGUAAUGUAAACUUGUAAUUUUUCCCAUUGAAAAGAUUGAGUAAUCUAAUUUCAGCCUUUUUGCCCUUAGUCCAUUUUCAUCUCCGAGUAAUAUUGCCCAUAUUUUGAAAGCACAUAUGAUACUAGUAUAUAAUACAAUGUAUCUGAUACGUAUUAUAAUAAAGAGAUCUGUGAAGAUUAAAAUCGGUGUUUAUUAUAAGUGAUGAUACCGGUUUAAUGGUAGUGUAAAUGAUAGCAAGGUAUUGAUGAGCACUUUGUGAUUUUGUACGAGAUUAUAUUCAAUAGUUUUGUGAUAAUUGUUGCUGAUGCUGUUGUAUAUAUUUGUUAAUAACGUGUACAUUGGCGACGAUAUGUAUCGGUGUGUUAAGUGUCGGCCAUUUUACCAGGUGAUAUUCCCCAAGUACACCUGUGACAUGCAUCAUAUAAACACAACUUUAAUAGUUUUCACAAUCAUGCUGCAACUAUAUUAUAAGCCACAAAUGUUCAGUGUUUCGCUUUCUCUUUAAAUUGCUUGUAAAGGGUAAUCGUAAGUUUUACUGUCAUGACGAAUACUAAUCUUAUUUUUAUUUAAUCUCUGACCAAAACAGGUCGAAAAUCUCAAAUUUAUUGUACAGUAUUUAUCAGGCAGUAAGCACAAGCCUGGUAAUAAGCCAACCUCAUGCAUUGCAGUCCCAGUUGAAAUGCCAGAUAUCAUUUUACUGCUUAUUCUACUUCAGUAAAAGAGUAUGUGUCGACUUCUCUGGCUUAUUGCAGAUAUGGAUAAUUGUUACAUUUAUUCUUAUUUAUAUUAACAUUCUUCAAUACAUGUUUUAUUAAGAUUUUUCUGUAACUGUACUUUCAUUGUUACGUUACUGCAGUCAUUCGACCAAAGUAGUAAAAUUAAUGACCUUUUCAGAGUGUUUGUUGUACUUGUAUAAUAUAGAAUUUUGUCGAUUUUUCUGUAAAAUGGAUAUAAAUUAUGUCAGUACACAUAGACGUCUCCCUGUUGUGAUUGGGUCGUUUUCAUUUUUGCAGUUUAUAUGGUUGGACCAGAGUUGUUCGUUUAUGAAAUAAAAACGGACCUGAAGGUUUCAUAUUGUUUACAGACGAGCCUUGACAAAGACUUUUAAGGCCUGUACUUACAUCUGCAGGUCCGUCAAGAUAUGUUUGAAAUACAUGUAUUACAUUUAAAAACUGACGAACCACUUUGUCCGCAUAAACGAACAGGCUCUUGGUUUUAUCUGUGUUUUUGUUUGGGUUAAAUAACUAAAAGUUAAAUUUCAUCAGUGAAAAAUUAAUACUUAUCUAUUAUAGAUACAUGUAUAACACUUUGUUCUGUCAAUAAUUUUCCUUCCUCAAUCCUUUCUUAAAAGUGUAUUAAUCCUUCACCGUCCUAUCAGAGCACUUUCUCAUUCCCUUCUUCUCGUUUCCAGAAAUAAGUUCUAGCCAGAUAAAGUGUUGUAAGAUGUUAAGGAUCAGAUAAUAGUGUUUUAAUACCGACAUUGUAAACUACAGUGGCUUGUGUCUGUGUUAAAUGUGUGUGUGUGAGUGCGCUACACUGUCUGUGUCGUCUUUGAAAGGCUUCAAUUAAAAUUGUCCAACAAACA